GCUCAGUUUCAGCUCUGCCACUCCCAGCACGGGCCCCGGGAGCGCGCUGCGCGUCACCCUCGCCUACCAGCCACAAGGAAGGGAUACAGCGAGUGAGACAGGGAGUAGGAGUGGGGAAGUGCUGGGAUAUUGUUUUUUAAAUCGACAAGGAAGGAGAAGAGGUUCUUGGAGACUGCCCGUUCUUAAGUUUCGACUAAAACCGAGGCGCCCGGUGCUCGCUAUGGAGUAGAAGCCGAAGGCGAUGGAAACGCCGUGGAGAAGUUUGCUGGUGUUGCUCGGAGCUGCGCUGGUCGUGACUGCGGGCACACGGGGCAGGGAAGUGUGCACCGGGACAGAUAUGAAGCUGGCUCUGCCUUCCAGCAAAGAGAAUCACUACCAGAUGCUGCGGAUGCUAUACACAGGCUGCCAGGUGGUGCAGGGCAACCUGGAGAUCACCCACCUGCAGGGGGCGCAGGACCUCAGCUUCCUCCAGGGCAUUGUGGAGGUGCAGGGCUAUGUCUUGAUUGCCCACACCACCGUGGAGUCCAUCCCCCUGGAGAACCUGCGUAUCAUCCGGGGCUCCCAGCUCUACAAUAGCACCCUGGCCCUGGCCGUGCUGGACAACUCGGUGUCCCAGGAGGCUGGGCCAGGGCUCCGGCAGCUCAGACUGAGGAGCCUGACAGAGAUCCUGCUGGGGGGGGUGCGGAUUGCGGGUAGCCUCCAGCUCUGCUUCCCCAACAGCAUCCGUUGGACAGACAUCCUGGAUCAACAGAACAAAUUAAGGCAGAUUCUGGAUAUACAGGAGCGGCCUGCCAACUGCCCACCCUGCUCUGCCACGUGUCUGCCCCAGUCCUGCUGGGGAGAAGGAAACCAGGACUGUCAGACUUUGACAUACACUCCGUGUGCCUCCGGGUGUCGGCGCUGCAAGGGUCCCCAGCCCAGCGACUGCUGCCACAAGCAGUGUGCAGCCGGCUGCACGGGGCCCAAGGACACCGACUGCCUGGCUUGUCGCCAAGUCAACGACAGUGGGACCUGCAAGGAGGACUGCCCCCCUCCGACCGUCUACAACCCCGUCACCUUCCAGUCGGAGCCCAACAAGGACAGGAAGUACAGCUUUGGCGCCACUUGCGUCAAGGAGUGCCCAUAUAACUACCUGGCCACAGUGGUGGGCUCGUGCACGAUGGUCUGCCCCAAUCACACGCAGGAAGUGAUAGUGAACCGGGAGCAGAAGUGCGAGAAGUGUGACGGGGAGUGCCCUAAAGUGUGCUACGGGCUGGGGAUGGGAUCUCUACAGGGGGUCUCGUCAGUGAACCCCUCCAACAUCGGCCUGUUCCGGGGCUGUGCCAAGAUCUUCGGCAGCUUGGCCUUCCUGGCGGAUACCUUUGCUGGUGACCCAGCCACCAACAAGUCAGGCCUGGAUGUGAGCCAGCUUAGCGUAUUUAAAGACCUGACGGAGAUCACAGGGUACCUGUAUAUUGAAGCCUGGCCCGAUAGCCUGAGAGACCUCGGUGUGUUCGAGAACCUGGCGGUCAUCCGGGGCCGGAUGCUGUACAGGGGCGUGAUCUCGCUGGGCGUCCAGUCGGUCCAGGUGGAGUCCCUCGGGCUGCGGUCACUGCGAGAGGUCAGCGGCGGGCUGGUCCUCCUCCAUAACAACACCAACCUCUGCUACACCCCCUCUCUGCCCUGGGGGACCAUCCAGCAGCCACACGCCCAGCAGCUCAUUGACACCCACAACAAGCCCCCCAACGUCUGCGCGGCGGAAGGGCGGGUUUGCUACCACCUCUGCACCAAUGGCAGCUGCUGGGGGCCGGGGCCAAGCCAGUGUGUGUCAUGUGACGGAUUUCUGCGAGGGUCUGAAUGCGUCAAGGAGUGUAACAUCUCCCAGGGGGAUAUUCGGGAGUACAUUGAUGGCCUGCGCUGUGUUCCCUGUCACCCAGAGUGUAAACCCCAAAACGACACUUCCUGCGAUGGACCGGGGGCGGACCAAUGCAAAGAAUGCCAGAACUUCCAGGAUGGGGACAGCUGUGUGGCACGCUGCCCCAGUGGAGUCAAGGAUGGCCACUAUACCAUCUGGAAGUACCCUGAUGAGAAAGGGCAGUGCCAGACCUGUAGCACCAACUGCACCCACUCAUGCAGCUUGCUGGAUGAGAGAGGCUGUCCCAUCGACCAGAAGGCUGGGCCGGCAACGUCAAUUGCAGCCGCGGUGGGCGGGGUCCUGCUCUUCCUGAUCCUGGUGGCCCUGCUUGUUGCCUACCUGAGGAGGAAGCACUACCUGAAGAGGAAGGAGACCAUGAGGAGGCUCUUGCAGGAGCAUGAGCUGGUCGAGCCCCUAACUCCCAGCGGCGCAGUGCCUAACCAGGCCCAGAUGCGAAUCCUGAAGGAGACGGAGCUGAAGAAGGACAGGGUGCUCGGCUCUGGGGCGUUCGGCACGGUCUACAAGGGCUUUUGGACUCCGGAUGGAGAGAAUGUGAAGAUCCCUGUGGCCAUCAAGGUGUUGAGAGAGAACACCUCCCCCAAGGCCAACAAGGAUAUUCUGGAUGAGGCCUAUGUGAUGGCGGGAGUGGCCAGCCCCUACGUGUGCCGCCUGUUGGGCAUCUGCUUGACCUCGACGGUGCAGCUCGUCACCCAGCUGAUGCCAUACGGCUGCCUGCUGGAGUACGUCCGCGAGCACAAGGACCGCAUCAGCUCCCAGAACCUGCUCAACUGGUGUGUGCAGAUCGCCAAGGGCAUGAGCUACCUGGAAGACGUGCGGCUGGUUCACAGGGACCUGGCGGCCCGGAACGUGCUGGUGAAGAAUCACAACCACGUCAAGAUCACCGACUUCGGCCUGGCGCGCCUGCUGGACAUCGACGAGACCGAGUACCACGCUGACGGGGGCAAGGUGCCCAUUAAAUGGAUGGCGUUGGAGUCCAUUAUGCAUAGGAGAUUCACUCACCAGAGUGACGUGUGGAGCUACGGGGUGACAGUCUGGGAGCUGAUGACGUAUGGGGCCAAGCCCUAUGACCAGAUCCCCGCCCGGGAUAUCCCCGAGCUGCUGGAGGGGGGGGAGCGUCUCCCACAGCCCCUCAUCUGCACCAUCGACGUCUACAUGAUCAUGGUCAAAUGCUGGAUGAUCGACCCAGAGAGUCGUCCCAAAUUCCGAGAGCUGGUGACAGAGUUCAGUACCAUGGCCAGAGACCCCUCCAAAUAUGUGGUCAUACAGAAUGACGGGCAGAUGAGCCUGUCCAGCCCGCUGGACAGCGAGUUUUACCGGACGCUGAUGGCAGAAGAGGGAGACAUGCGGGACCUGCUGGACGCAGAGGAGUACUUGGUGCCUCAGCCAGUCUUCUUCAGGGGGGGAGACCAGAGCAAUGGGCCCACGCGUCACCCCUCCCACAGGAGCACGGACCAGGCCCUGGAAGGGGACGGCCCUGUGGGAGGGCGGAGCCUGUACCCAUCCGUGAGCACGCUGGGGCGGAGCCAGGGCCCCACGCUGCCCGGCGGAGGAGCAUGGGGAGGCCAGUACCCCUCCCUGGCCCGCAGCGUGUCGCAGCGGUCUGCAGGGGACCAGUCGGACUCGGUGUUCCUGGACGGGGAUGGGGGUGGCCCCUGCAGCCCGGGGAGCACGGUGCUGCGGUACUGCGAGGACCCCACUCUCGGCCCCGGCAGCGACUCUGAUGUGGAGGCUGAUGGGUACGCACACCCCCCCAGCGCUGCCCCGCAACACGAGUACAUAAACCAGCCCAUGGGUGGGAACAGAGGCGGCACGGAGCGGCCCAGUACUCUGCCCCGCAGGUCUCACGGAGCGCCCCGCUUUGCCAACGGGCUGGCGCCGGGCAACAGUGUGGAGAACCCCGAGUACUUGGUACCCAUGGGCAGUGCUGUGCCUGCCUUCGACAACCCCUACUACCUGGACCUGGGCGCCAAGGCGGCGGGCGGACAUGCUGAGGGAGCGCCCACAAGGCUUGCCAAUGGCUUUGUCACGCCAACCGCGGAGAACCCCGAGUACCUGGGGCUGGCGGAGACCUGGAGCGGACCGAGGGAACCCUGAUACCGGCACACAGGCAAGAGCUGAGCACACCAAACAGACUUGUGAACCCUGAACUUUUGUAGAGAUGGGGCUUGUUUUUACGGGCAGGGCCUGUACGAGGAAGGAGCUGUGGCUGUUCUGCUCGGUGUCUGGUCCAGAUGGUGUACCUUCCCAGGACGCUCUGGGGCAGGGCACCCAUCUCAUCUCCCCAUGCUCUCUUAUUGCAGUGUGCCUCUAAAUGUCAAAACCCCAGAGGAUGGAGGGACAACAUGGUAUGCUGGCAUCACACCCUGGAGGUGUUAAGUCUAGGCAUCUGUAGCAUCACAGUUUCUCUGUGCCAAUCUGGUGUACCAACUCAGGCCACUUGACUAUGAAGUGUCAGAGAACCUAAGAGCAGCCCGUUUGACUCCAGGCUUCAUUGACUGUUGCUGGCAAAGGGUAGGUCAGCAACCUGACCCGACUCCCACUGAGGAAUAAAAAUGUGUGCUGGUCCAGGCUGUACUGUGAGCUUGGGGAACCAGAAGGUAUCUACUGGUCCAAGCUGAACUAGUCCAGGCUGUAAGGCAGGCUGCAUUGGUUCAGCAUUGACGUGCUUUAAUCAUAAAUGACUUUGUCUGUUUUCACCCUAAUGAGAAAACAGCCCUUUGUAGCUUAGCUCAGCUAAAAUCCAUUGUGUGACACAUAAUUGAAAUCCUUGCUUCUUGCUCCUGGUUCUAUCUACAAUGUUAAUCAUUUAAUUGAAUCAAUUAUUCAUUUAGUCCUUAAUCAUCUGUAAUUUAAUCAUUGAUGAAAAAUGAGUAUCUUACAGUUUUCUAUCUGUAAAACCAGAAUGGCUGGGACUCUCCAGGAACAGAAGUGAGGAUGUAUUUAGCGUGGUGUAUUCAGUCACCAUUCUCCAGCUGUUGGCAGCAGCUCAGAGUACUGCUUGAACUGGAAUGAAGGUCCGAUUGGUUUGUAACUAUGUACUGGGAAACUGGAGUCUUGUUGGGUUAGUUCAGAAAUUAAAUGAACUGCAUGGUGAGUUCUGGAGUGGCUGACCAAGACCAACAUUUGACCCUGAUCCUAAUUCUGCCAUCUCCAGAUUCCCAGCAGAGUUGGCAGCUUCCCUCGACAGCUGAUGUCAUGCACUUUUUAUUUGCCCCUCCACUCACCUCAAAACCAGGCAGCUGUUUCAAACUUUUCACCUGUAGCUUCUGAACAAAAGCUGAAACUGGGGGGGGGAGCAAAGACUGGGGUUCUUGCAUAGCGCCUCUAUCUUGGGGAGAGCCGAGCUUGCGCUGUGGAACAUCUUCAAUGGUUUUGGGAAAAUGGAGAGGAGAAAGAUCAUUCAUUUGCUUUCCACUGCUCACCUGCACGUGGGUCCUCCUUGGCAUCAGGCCCUUUACCAGAGAGACAGUGUCACCCUCACACACUCUGGAAGUGGCCAAACGGACUGAGAAUAUGCGAGAUUCUGGAGAAUCGCAAGUGCCUGGAGAGCGUGCACUGCUUCUGGGCUGGGAUUCGGACCAUUCCUGCCCUAAUGUCCUGGCCAGCACAAUGCAUCUCUUGAGAACCCCCAGAAAUCAUAUCAGGUCUCUCUUAACAAAGCAUUGCAUAAAAAAGUGCCAAAAACCCUCCUCCCUUUUGUAGUCACUUUUGUUCGUCUGGAUGCUAGUAGCUAAUUGACCUGAGAAGCUCGUCCACCCGUUUCAUAGAAAAAGAAUCCAGUGUAUCAGCAAUGAUAAAUUCGUAGCCUGUUCCAAUCACUGACGAUGCUAGUGCUUGCAAGGGGAUUGGCACACCACUGCUUGUGCAGAACUUGUGCUUGCUCUCAGGCAUGAGACUAGAGAAGCUGUUUGCCUCCGGCAGAAAAUACUGCUGCUUCUUUCCAGCUCUACCCCUGGCUUUGUGAUUGGAGACAGGCUGUAAUAAAAGAAGAUGUCAUUGUGUAGAAGUUAUAGCAGUAGCACAGACACAAACACUGCGGCAACUCGUAGGGCCUGUACAUCUUGCAGGGCCUGAUACAGAGCAGUUCAGGUGGCUGAUGUUUAGCCCCGUGGUGUGGGAGGAGUUGUGGGCAGCUCCACAUGUGGUUGUUUGUAUAUGACGGGGUUCUGUGCUCGCCAGCAUGUACUCGAAAGACUGUAAUGCUUAAGCGUGCUCCUCGAGGGCAGUGGUCCAGCAGAGUGCGCAGGUCUGUUCAACUCGCCAUCGGCAGAGGAAGACGGUUAAGUGAGUUUAGUUAAAGCCUCGUGGGACUAAUUUCCCCCUCGUCCCCAUGGGAAGCAGACCUAAGCCCUGCUCGACCUUGCGAAAAGCUUUGGAGAAGAACGACAGCCAACAGCUCGAACCCCUGUUGACAGGAGGAGUGAACGCUGGCCUCGACAGGGCAGCAUGGCGAUGUGCUCGCUGCGAGGGACUGACUCUGGCCUGGCCCUUGGGACCUCAGGACGGUACAGCUGAGGAGUGUACAGAGAACCAGACCCCCCCGCAGGGCUGGGGCCAUGUGGACUAGAAGCUCCAGGCGAGCCGUCCCCAUGAGUUUCAGUCCUUGGCAACUCCAGUGAUCUUUCACGUUUGCCUCGAGCCUCUGACUUGGCCUUGGGGCUUGGUUUGGAAAGGGGGGUUAGGGUAUGAGCAAAGUGGUCGGAACAAUGUGUACAUUUUUUUUUAAAAAGAACCGUUGUAUAUUUGAUACUUUAAUGUUUUUUUUUUCUAUAAGGUACAGUUCUCCUUUUAAACAUUUUAUUUUAAAAAACUGUAAUCUAAAUAACUGUUUACGCACUUGAGGGGUUUUGAAUUUUUGGAAUUAACGCUGUUUACCGUUGAAGGGUCUGGGCAAACGUAUGUACAUAACAAUACAACGAGUGCAGAACUCCGUUCAGACCUGCCAGACCUGCAGCUCUGGGUUGAAGUGGUCACAUGCGAACCCAGGUCUUUAAGGCUAGCUGAGGAGGCUCGUUCUGCCCUGCUUUUGGGCUGAUAGAGGGACAGUGUGUCCUUGGGGACAGGGCUAGUGGGAAUGUCCUCCUCCCCCGAGGCAGGAAUCGGCUCAGCAGUGAUGGGAUGAGCAUGAGGAGGAAGGUGGAGUUCCAAACACUGGAAGAGCAGGAGUUCACCAGCUGUUAUUUGGACGGUACUGACGUGCGCUAACUCUGUGAAUAUCACAGGGGAGCCGAUAGUUGCCUACGCUGUUCCUAAGGAGUACAGUUGUCUGGAGCAUUGGAAGUGUCCUACCUCCUUCCCCAGGGGCAGGAACAGGUGGGUGGGGCUGAGAAUUGCUGCUGAGCAGAGCUCUGAAGAAAGCAAGCAGGGACCUUCUGAACGCAGAACCCUGCUUUAUUGCGUUCUGGCAGAUGUGCCUCUCCUCCAGCACGCAAGUCAGACAGUUGACACAUAAAAUAAAUACAGGAAACAAGUCAACUGCCGUCAUAAAAGAUAAUAGGCCAAGACUUGAAAAACCCAUUUCAAAGAGCUACAUACAAUUAAGCGCCUCAUAAAGGAGUAGGUUUUGUCAUUUACACUUUUAAUUUUUUGACAAAGCACAUUCUGUGUAUUUUGCAUAAUAUUCAGCUAAUUGCCCAGGUUACAGUAGCCCUUGAUCUACUCAAACAACUGCUUCUGAAAAAACUCCUCAAAAUAGUUCACGUAGUUCAGGGUCAGGAAAUGCAGGUUGGUGUUGCACAUCGAACGCACAGUGGAGCACUGGGCUCUGCAGCCUGUGUGACCCUCAACUACUUCUCUGCGGUUUAUUUUCUAUCGCAUUCGAACAGGAGGGGUCUUCUCAGAACAACAUUUUUGCCUCCUGGGAAAACAGGAGCUGCAGUGUCUGUUUUGUUCAGAUUACUCUGUAUUUAAGGCACAAAAAUAAUAAAGAAGUCUUUAUCCAGUU